UGACUGUUGAGUGAACAUAAAAAUUGCAGUGAAAUUACUUACGUCUAUAAUUUUGUUUUUCGUUUUGUGUUUAGUUUAAAGUCUUCACAACUACUCAAGUAUUAGCUGAGUAAACAGCGUGUUAUUUAUGAUAAAAGGACGCGUGAAUAAGUACUUCACUUUGAUAGACUCAAAAAUUAUAUUACUUAAUAAUUUUAACUAUGGAAGUAUCGAAUGAAAUAAAAGAAGAUAUUCGACGAACGCAAACACUGCUAAAAAAUGCCAUUCAAGUACAUCAGAUCUGGGUAGCGCGUCUCCAAGAAGACGAAAGUAAUUCAGACCUAAAAAAUAAAGUAAAUGAAGCUGAACAGGAAAUAGUAGCUAUAGGACGUUCCCAAAAAUUAGUGGUGGAUAGACUGCGAAGAGAAUUAGAAUUGUAUCAACAAAGACUUAGAGCAAAAAAUAAACAAGUCAGUAUAGAAAAAGACAAUCAUUAUAUUGCUCAACAGCUGCGUGAUCAUCAAUUACAAUAUAGAAAUAGGAGUCGAACAACAUCUCUCCUCAAACCCUCGGUGCUUAAUGAGAUUCAAAUAAAAACUGAAAACACUAAUGAAGAUCUUAAUGUGUCAGAACCAGAAAAUGAAACAAAGCUACUUGACCAUGACCAUAUAAACAAUGAUGAUGUGAACUGUAAAGAAAGUUUUGUGAAAAAUUUUCCACAAUUGCAAAAUUUAGUUCACAGUGAAAACAGCAAUUUUGAAAAUGCACUGAAUAAAGUGAAGGAAGUUUUUCUGGGAACAAAAUUUGACGACAAUGACUGGCCGGAUAGAACAGAUUCAGAUUCUUCAGGAAUUAGUGAACCAUCACUGGUCUCUUCACCACCCCCAUUACCUCAACCCGGUGAACCAGUCUCUAAAGAAAUAUUCAUGAGGGCACUUGGAUUGGUGACGCCUUCACAAAAGGAGUUAAUGGAGAAAAGAUUAAAUGAAUGUCGUAAGAGAUCGACGAGUGCCAAUAGAAGUGAUUUUGUAUACGGCAGUUUUGAUAUGAUUUCUAAGCGUAAGAAACUAAACCAUUUUCCAUACCUGCAAAACCACAACGAUCCGCCCCAGACCCGUUCAGCGAAACUAAGGAAACAGAAUCAGAGCAAAUCAUCGCGGGAAGGCUCGCCAUCAAGUUCCACAGAUAUUAAAUCUUGGGGCAACAAACCACCAUGGCUAUCAACGCUCCCCACUGGAUUGUCAGUAGAGCCUGUAUUUUCUACGAAGAAAGUAUGCCAUGGUUGUGGGAGAAAUGAUGUGCCGUCCCUGCUGGUUUGGUGUAGCGCGUGCUCCGUGUGGCAGCACACGGGGUGCGGGGCGGGAGGGCGCUGUGCGGGGUGCCGUGCCCCUCUGCCCGAGCCCACCGCCGCCCCCUCGCCGCACGCGCCUCACGGUCACAAACAGCUCUAUUCAGAUAAGUUAGCUGAACGCAAGCGCCUUCAAGAACGGAACAUAGAGCUCUGCGUGGAACUGCGUAAACUGGAAGCUCGCGCUGCUUCACUGAAGGAAAACCUCGACGAGCACAACGCAGAGAAGAGACAGCUUCUGGCCGACCAGAUCAAGACGCAGAGGAACCUCCAGAAAUUGCUGGACUUCAUCAGCCAGUUCAAGGAGACGUCGGUCAGUGUCAGCGAAUCGGGGAGUGAAGUCAGCAAGAGUAAUGAGGAAUAGAUAUUGUGGUGCCAGUGUUGAGUAUUAUAAGAUUUGUUGAUUACAUUUAAGUUAUUACGAUUCGAAUAUCAAUUGUACUUUAUUUUGUCAAGUUUUUGAAAUUAGAAUUUUAUUUAAGUUUUAAAUGUUUUAGACGUAGGGAAAUUACGAACGAGCUAAUACUAUAGACAAACAAUUUUGCCUUCAAAUUCAUCCAUUGGAAACGAAAGGUCAAAAGUCAAGCUGGUUUUUAUAUAAUAUGUAUUUAUUUAAGACGUUAUUUGGAUAUCUAAUGACUUGCUGAUUGCACUUUUUUUAAACAAAAGUACACUUCAGCUUUUUCCUUCACACCUUUCACAAUGAAAGAGACGAAAGAAUAUUUUAGUUAAGGGCCAUUAUACUUUUUUAUAAAUAAGGGUUAGUUGUUUUAUGAAUUGAAUCGGAUAUAUACAGAAAAUGACCAAUAUUAAAAAUGUUAUGUGGGUACUUCAAAAACUGAAGAUUAUUUCACGUGUUUUUUUUUUAUAAAAUCUGAAGUACCUGCAAUAACUAUAAGUUACCAAUUAUUGUCUACCCUCAGUCUACAUUUUAUAAAAAAUAUGCUAAUCAAUGCCACAUUCCCCUCGAGAGCCUUACACACUUGCUCGGAGAGGAUGUGUGCUAUUUUUGAAACAGAGUUCUAUAGUAUUGCUUUUGGUUAUCAAGUUAUUGUUACUAAUACGCCUUUAUAUAACGUGGAAAAGAAAACUUUGUGUUUGUUGGUUACGAUAUUUUACAAGGAAAUUUUUGCCGCGCGCCACCGCUAUGUUGAAUCAGCUGCCCACUGAAGUACUUCCGAAUCAAUUCGACUAAGGGUCCUUCAAGAAAAGAGCGUACUGAUUCUUCAUAGGCCGGCAACGCACUCGCGAGUCCUCUGGCAUUGAGA